UCUAGAUUUACUAAAAUAUUCUUAUAUACGAUUAUCUUCGGGUCUUUAUUAUUGCUAAUCUAUCAACUGACAACAAUGAAACGCAUAGCGAAUUCACGUCCAAUGUAGUCUGGAGGCUCCAUGGCUCCCUCUAGUGGAAUAUCACUGAAUCAAUAUGUGGUUAUCGAAUCACUUUCUGUCUGCAGCAGUUCAGCGGCAAACAGCACUGGAGGCAAUGGAAACAUUCUGCUUCUUCCGCGGUUAAAACAAUUUCCUUGAUCCCUUUUCUUUCGAACGAACGCUCUGAGGAUGAACCCCCCGGGCGGAAUCUUCGUGUCGGUGUUUCUCUUCGCUGCUGAGAUGGUCGCAGCCUUGUAUCUGAGCAGCACCUACAGAUCGGCCGGGGACAGAAUAUGGCAAGGGCUCACACUCGUCUUCGCCCUGGUGCCGUCGAUCCUGGUCCAGUUCACGCUAACCUUCGUCCAUCGGGAUGUGAGUAGGGAUCGACCGCUGGUACUCUUUCUUCAUCUUCUACAACUGGGACCUUUCGUCAGAUGUCUUGAAGCUUUUUGCAUCUACCUAAAUGUCGGUAAAGUCGAAGAAUCUUAUGUCAGUAUUACUAAAAAGAAACAGAUGAAAAAAAAUGGCUCUUCUGAAGAAAUUGAGAAAGAAGUGGGUCAAGCUGAAGGCAAACUGUUCACACACAGAGCUGCCUUUAACCGGACAACAGUGAUACAGGCUUUCAUAGGCUCUGCACCUCAACUUACUCUUCAGCUGUACGUUAGCAUAAAGCAACAGGUAGUAACUCCUGGGAGAGGAGUAUUAAUGGUUAUUUCCCUGCUCACCAUUGUGUAUGGAGCCUUGCGGUGCAAUAUCCUUGCUAUCAAGAUCAAGUAUGAUGAAUAUGAGGUGCAUAUGAAGCCUGCAGCCUAUGUUUGCAUAUUCUUGUGGAGAAGCUUUGAGAUUGCUACCAGAGUUGUUGUUCUAGUACUUUUCAGCUCUGUCCUGCAGAUUUGGAUCCUUCCUGUGGUUCUCCUCAAUCUUUUCACAUUUUUCCUCUAUCCGUGGAUAUUAUUCUGGAGGAGCAAGUCCCCUUUCCCCGAGAACAUAGAAAAAACAUUUACCAGAGUCGGUACAACUAUAGUAUUAUGUUGCCUUACAUUUCUUUAUGCUGGCAUUAAUAUGUUUUGUUGGUCUGCAGUUCAACUCAAGUUAAAUGAUGCAGAUUUAAUCAAUAAGUCGCAGAACUGGUAUAGACAAGCUAUCUACUACAUGUUCCGAUUCAUUGAAAAUUCUGUUCUUCUUCUCCUAUGGUAUAUUUACAGAACUGAUAUUUACAGCUACAUAUGUGCCCCUCUGUUGGUCAUGCAGUUGUUAGUAGGCUACUGCAUUGCAAUAUUUUUUAUGCUUGUAUUUUACCAAUUCUGCCACCCAUGUAAAAAACUUUUCACCUCCAGUAUUUCCAAAGUAUUACUGGCUUGUAUUCAUUUUACUUGUUUUAGAUGUGACUGCUGCAAAUCUUCUGAAUCCACAGAAAAGGCUGGCUUGGAGCCAAAUAAUGCUAAUGAUCAUGAACAGGGCCCCGAACCUAUCGGUGAAUCUCAGAGUUAGAUGAAAUCUUAAUCUGCAAAAGAAAUGAUCAUUUCUUUAGUAUAUAUAUAUAUAUGUGUAUCCAUUUUGUUUUGACAUUGUAAACAUAUAAAUAACAGAUGUGCCUGAGACAGAAUCUGUUUUUCAUAAUUUCCAAAAAAGGUGAGCCUUUUGCCUUGUUUCAACUGCAAAAACAUGUCAGUGAGACAUUAAGGAAAACUUUUCAAAACCAGCUUUCCAGCAUGAAGCCCUACUUGCAAAAGAAGUGGUCUGGUACACCCGGACCCAUUUGGUAGAACAGGUAGAAAUUGCCUGUGAUGUGUCCUCGGUUUCCACAAUUUGUUCUUCUGGUGCUAUCCUGCAGGCCAAAAUAUUUAUAAUGCCACAUCCAUCUUUCAUUUUAAAGAUGCUCACAAAAAGUGAACUACUGCUAAAGACAAAAGUAAUAGAUGAGAAAAUAUUUCUCUGCUCUUUUGGGUGAUUUGUAUUAGAAAAUGCUGGCUUUUAAUUGUGUAUUUAUGACAAAUGUAUUGAGUACAUAUUUCUUGGUUUCUGGAAAACUUUCUCUUUAAACUUAUAUAUCAUCUGAUAAUUGUCUUUCUGCUAUCUUCAGCAGAAGUCUUAACCUUUAUUUUAUUUAGUUAAAAUAAUGUAGUUUUAUUCUGGACUGUUGUUUAAGGUUCUCAUUAAAAUGUGAGAGCCCAUGCCAAAGUUCUUCAAGGAAAAUUCAAACAAAGCCUAAAUAAUAAGGGAGAUUUUGUAAUUUCAGUAUACACUUUCCAGUAGAACAAUAAGUGCAUUCAAUAAUAUGUAAAUUAAUUAUAUUUUAUUUUCAAAAGGUAAUUAAUUGUAUCAAAGUGCAAUCAAACUUUAGAAUUUAACAUCGAAACUGUUUGUUGUCUCUGUGUAUGAGUUUGUGUAUGAGAGACAAAUUCGAGUCAACACUCUCACUUGAAUUUAUAUACAUUAUAUCUAUUCCAGUUUGGAUAUGUAGGUCAUAUAAUCUGUAAGUUUGCAGAUGACAUGGAAGUCAGUAGUAUUCAUACUGAGAAGGAUAUUCCAAGACUACAGAAUGAUAUUGAUCUGUUGGGCAGAACGAAAGCAGAUGGAAAUUAAUCCUGAUAUGUGUGAGGUGAUGCAGUUCGGGAAGACUCUUAAGGCCUAUACAAUAAAUAGUAGCACCUACAUAUGUGAUUGUAUUGGAGCAGUUCACAAGAGAUUCAUUAGGACGUUACAUAGGAAGAAGUGUUUCAGUUAUGGGUAUGAUUAGGAGACUGGGCAAGUUUUCCAUAGAGCAAAGGAGGCUGAGGAAGUGCCUGGUGGAGAAAAUUAUGAGGAGUGUAGAUAGGCUAAAUAGACGGAAACAGCUCCUAGAGUAGAGAUACCCAAAAGUGAUAGGUGUUGGUUUAAGGCAAGAGGUAAGGGGCUUAGAGGGGAUCUGAGGAAGAUCUUUUUCACCCAGAAGACGUUUGAAAUCUGGAACACCCUUAAGAACUGUUUAAGCAGGCACUUGAAUGGCCAGCUCCUGGAAGACUGCAGACUACAUACUUAAUAGUCAGCAUAGACAUGGUGUCUGUGUGUUAUAUGACUGUUACUCGAUGGCGCCAUGACUUGCACACAUGUAAAACAUCUGACAUGAUAGCAGCAUCAGUGUGCCAAACUCAUUGCCUGGCAAAUUAUGUUUUAACAGAUCUUCAAAUGUUGUUGUGUUGAACAUACCAGAUAUCAUUAGACUGCGUUUACUGAAAGGGCUGCACAAGUCAGACAAGUGGGCAGUGACCUAUCACCAGUACAAGGGAAAACCAAUGUAAACCAAUGCAUUAACAAGUUAGAGUAAAACAACAGAAUCAAUAUUAUGGGAAAAAAGGUUGAAAAUCUUUUCACAUUUUCUUCAUUACAUAUUAUCUUAAAAAUAAUUCUAAAUGACUUGAAAUAAAUUCAAAAUGCAAACUUAAAUACUUCAACCUUAAGGUACAGGAGUGCAGGGUUCCAACACAGAGAAAAUGUACCAUUUCAAAGGCAGCAAAACAAGCCUGUAAAUACUUGCAGUGGAACAAAAAUGAAUUGUGAAUGAAAUUUGUAUAUAUUAAUAUGAUUAAGUUUGUAUUUUAUUUUAAAAUAUUAUUUUAUGUGUUUCUAAAGUUUCUAUAUGUAUCAGA